AUGAAAGCUUCACUAUUCUUGCUCGCGCCAGCCAUUCUGAGCUGUUUCUCUGCCGCUGCCAAUGCCGAAAAAGCCAAAAUCUUCAACUUUGACGUUCUCGAAGAAAAGGCUCUCAAUCCUGUUCCUGGACAGGACGCCAAGAACCCGCUAGAGGGUAUUGACCUAGACCAGCUUGUCAACGUCGUUUACAUCACGCUCGAGCCUUCCACCGUCUUCGUCACCGUCACGAGAACUCUCCAUCAGGUAGUCACCACUGCCACCACUACUGUGACCGCCGAAACAGACGAGACGCCGUUGUAUCCCUUCACAGGCCCUACUUCUAAAGCAAAGCCACCGACACUGAACACAACUGCUCCUUCAGUGUCAGUGCCAGCAACCUCCACGUUGCCUCCAUCUGGGAACAAUACAGCUAUUACUGCAACCAGCACAAAGCUUCUCAGCUCGUCGCACAUCACGCCGUCAUCUACUCUACCAUCUUCAACGACAACAACGUACACUGAGGGCAAGCUUGACUUUGUCAUCGGAAAGGAGAAGAAGGCAUCGACAGAUACGGAGACCGCAUCAUACUACGAUGAGCUAGUCCAAUUUGUUUCCUCUGUAUUUUCUCCGCCAACUUCGGAGCUACCAUCUUCUACUGGACCUAUCGUCAGCACACCAACUUCCAGCUCUUCAUUGGCUGUUUCAUCCAGCUCGACAAAGUCCAAGACGCACACGUCCACACGGUCUGCGUCCAUUGGCUUCAGCACUUCUGUGCUGCACAACACGACACACAACUCUACGAAAAACGAUCACGACGAUUACGGCGACGUUCUCGAUGGGUUCAACCCUUAUAAGGACCUGCCUCUAUCAGACAUCGACGUGAACUUUAGUAACGACUCUCCGCGACUGAACGCACGUGGUGUUGUCAUUGGCAUGUCUGCAACAAUUUUCAUUUUCGGUGUCUUUGCUUUGUGA